AAGGGUUAUAAUAAUUGCGUCGCCCUGCGGAUCAAGACAGAAGAAUGAUUUUUUGAUUUGCAUAGAAAGGCACAACAUAACAAAAUUCAUCGGGAGGGAUCAUCUAUACGUAACAGGUAAAGUUCUGAGCCCAGGUAGAAACCGAAAUUACGGAAAGCCAGCUCCGAAGAACCGGCUCAGGCCACAAAAUGCUUAGUAUGGAGCUAACAGUGAAAGUGACAAGUUGUGAAGGAGGAAAAUAACUGAUCAAAAUGUAUUCAACGAGAUUAUUCUGCGUGAUUCUGUUCUUUCUGGUUGCCACGCGAUCAAGCAGCGCAUUUCCCAUAUUGGAUUAUUUUAAUUACGACAUAGCGCCAAGUGCAAGGGAUGGCGAACAACCGUCGGCAACUAUGAUGGAACUGAGCCAGUACAGAUCAUUGCUACAUUUUGAUACGUUCAUUCCGGUGAUGAAGAUCAUUUUGGCGCCCAUCGGUCGCAUGAUGCAACCCAUGAUCGAACAGUGGAUCGAGGACUACUUCGGAGCGUACAUCGACUCAAUCGGCCGGGCAGUGGAGAACAUUUCUCGCUUUGCAACGGAUAACAUAUCCUUCCAGCCGGGCGAUACCUAUUACACGAAGGAUGACCUUCUCAACGGAUACGGAUACAACUCACUGAUCAUUAAUCUGCCGUCGGGAAAAACAGUUACCGUGUUGACACACAGGUCCAGCAGCAAGCUGAAUAUUUUGGAUGAGUUUCCCCAGCUCUCGGAGGCGUUCAAUGAAGUGAGAAAGCUCAAUUAGGCACGUUGAAAUUGGAAAGAUUGAACGGGUGACGAAUAGUAUAGGGCAAUAGUAUGCAGAUUAUUUAUUUAUUUAUUUAAUAACAGUAAGUAUAUCGACAGAAAGCGUUCAAAAUAUAAUGUAAAAUGCAUAACAAAUAAAAGCGUAACAUAACA